AUGUCGGCCGCUGUGUACGAGGCGACCACUUCGGCCCCGGUGAACAUUGCUUGCAUCAAAUACUGGGGAAAGCGGGACACCAAGCUCAUCCUGCCGACGAACUCAUCAUUGUCGGUCACCCUCGAUCAGGAUCUCCUGCGUUCUACAACUACCUCAAGGGCAGAUCCUUCCUUCACUAAGGAUCGCCUAUGGUUGAACGGAAAGGAGGAAGAGAUCAAAGACGGCGGACGCAUGGACAACUGCAUCAAGGAGAUGAAGAGAUUGCGGAAAGUCCUUGUAGAAGACAAAGACCCGAAUGCCCCCAAGCUUUCUGAAUGGAAGUUGCACAUCGUCUCCUUCAAUACCGUGCCGACGGCCGCAGGCCUUGCCUCGUCCGCCUCGGGUUUUGCAGCCCUCACAACUUCCCUCGCCUCGCUCUUCUCUCUCCCCCUCAACCCGUCCGAGCUUUCCCUCAUCGCUCGGCGCGGGUCAGGCUCCGCCUGCCGCUCCCUUUUCGGCGGCUACGUCGCAUGGGAAAUGGGCUCGAAACCCGACGGCUCCGACUCCCUCGCGGUCGAAGUCGCUCCUCAGUCUCAUUGGCCCGAGAUGCGCGCGGUCGUCUGCGUCGUCUCAGGCGAGAAGAAAGACGUCGGCAGCAGUGUUGGCAUGCAGCUCACCGUCGAGACGUCUCCUCUCCUGCAGCACCGCAUCAAGUACGUUGUGCCUGAGCGCAUGGAAAAGAUCAGCAAGGCCAUCAAGGAGCGCAACUUCGACGAGUUCGCGAAGAUCACGAUGGCGGACUCCAACCAGUUCCAUGCCGUCGCGCUCGACACGACCCCGCCCAUCUUCUAUAUGAACGACGUGUCCAGGAACUUGAUCGCGUUGGUCGAGGAGUACAACCGGGUGUGCUUAGAGAAGACGGGCCAUCUAGGGGCUGCGUACACAUUUGACGCUGGACCCAACGCCGUGAUCUACACUCUACCCGAGCACAUCAAGGCUAUCACCGAACUCGUCCUGUACUUCUUCCCUGUCCCCUCGGCACCGGCUGAGCGCUCAACCCAGGCUAGCGCUGUCGGCUUCACCGACGUCCUCAACAUCUUCCCUGAAGUUGGUGGGAAACCGACCGGAAAGCUGAUCCAGGGCUUCAAUGAGGAGAAAGUCAAGAAGUGGGACGUAGGCGCCGUCAAGGGGGUCAUUCACUGCAAGGUCGGCGACGGUCCCAAGGUGCUGGGCAAGGAAGCAUCUCUCAUGACAGCUGAGGGUACUCCUAAGCCUUUGUAG